UGAUGUGGAACUAAUUUUACAGCUGUCGUUUUACUUCAAAUGUGGAAAUUUUACAUACGUAUUUUAGUACUUAAUAAUAAUAAUGUGGAAUCUGUGCGGGGCUUUAUUGUUUAAUAGAGAAUUAUAUCUUUAUCGUUUCUUCACACCAUAAAAAUGAGCGAGAAACUGUUUUGUCCGUAAAUACCAUCUUGUUAUCACAGCCCUUUCAAACAUGGCUGUUUCUGUUUUUAUCAAUUGUUUAUUAGUUGUUUUUAUACUUCACAUUUGCACAGGGGAAGUCCUAAACAAACCACAAUUGAAAGAGGAUGCAGACGAUGACGAUGAUGAAUCAAAUAAUGAUCUCGAUGUCGGAGAACCGCCACCAUUCGGAUUACCCAAAAGGUCAGAUAAUCACCAUAAAGUUCCCGGUUACAUAAAGCGUUAUAAAUGUUACUCGUGCGAAGCGCCAGACUGUUCUAAUCCGUCUAUAUGUGUUGACGCGGUGCAGUGUUGGAAAUCGAGAGUGCGGGAAAGCUCGGGCGAGGAGAGCGUCACGCGUGGCUGUACCACAAAUGCAGACCAUAUACCUCUGUAUUGUGGUACUCCCUCAUUUGCAGUUCAGCGCAAACGGCACGCUGUCGGUCAAUAUCAUAUACGGUGUUGCGAUGGUGAUUUUUGCAAUAGUGGAGAUUUCCCCGAGCUUCCUCCAUUAUUUCGGGAGGAAGCCAGUGUAUAUAAUGACUCGAUAAGUUAUAUAUUAAAAUUAGUACUCGCCGUUAUUAUUCCUGCCAUCGUUUUGGCCAUCGCCGUCACGGUAACUUUAGUCGUUUUAAGACAUAUACACAAACGCAGAUUAAGAGAGCAGAGCAAGCUGGACAUGGAUACUUACUUUGCCAGUGACGAUCUGUUAAGGGCGACCGCUGCUGGAGACAGCACGCUUAGAGAGUAUCUAGAACAUUCGCUCACAUCAGGAAGCGGCUCCGGUCUACCGCUACUUAUACAACGUACUCUUGCCAAACAAAUAUCUUUACUGGAGUGUAUCGGUAAAGGUCGCUACGGUGAGGUAUGGAGAGGGAUUUGGCACGGCGAAAGUGUGGCAGUUAAAAUAUUCUUUUCGCGAGACGAAGCUAGUUGGACACGCGAGACAGAGAUAUACAGCACAAUACUACUCAGGCACGAAAAUAUACUAGGAUACAUCGGAUCCGAUAUGACUUCGAGAAAUUCGUGUACACAACUUUUAUUGUUGACGCAUUAUCAUUCGUUGGGCAGCUUGUACGAUCAUCUGAACAGAACCACCUUGACUCACCAUCAGCUGCUUAGAAUAUGCCUCUCGAUUGCAAAUGGUUUGGUACAUCUCCAUACGGAAAUAUUUGGAACUCAGGGCAAACCUGCAAUGGCCCAUCGUGAUAUUAAGAGCAAGAAUAUUUUGGUCAAAUCAAAUGGAAGCUGUUGCAUUGCGGACUUUGGUUUGGCAGUUACUCACGUUCAGGCAACUGACGAAUUAGAUUUAGGCACAAAUCCCAGAGUUGGAACCAAGCGGUACAUGAGUCCCGAAGUUCUUGACGAAACUAUUAGAAUGGAUAAUUUCGACGCGUUUCGGCGUGUCGACAUUUACGCUUUGGGUCUGGUUUACUGGGAGGUAAGUCGGCGGACGAUUAGCAACGGAAUCGCCGAAGACUAUAAACCUCCGUUUCACGAUGUGGUGCCAAGUGAUCCUAGCUUUGAGGAUAUGAGAAAGGUGGUCUGCGUCGAUCAGCAACGUCCGAAUUUACCAAACAGAUGGGCCAGCGAUCUGGUUUUGAGUGGAAUGGCGAAACUUAUGCGCGAAUGCUGGCACCAGAAUGCGAACGUCAGGUUGCCAGCGUUACGAAUAAAGAAAACCUUGCUAAAAUUAGCCAGUGCGGAUAGUACAAUAAAUUUAGAAGAUAUGGAGGUGUGUGUUUGAAAAUUACAGCAGCCGAAUCUCAUUGAUAUUAAAUGUAUUGAAGUAAAUAAUUGUUAAUAUUGUGUUGUAGUGUUGUCAACAAUCAAGAGUAUAAAUUUCGAUCACGACAUAUUUUUAAUAAAACAUUGUAAAUAGGGUAUUGCUAGAUUGCAGACAACACUAUUAGUUAGCGUUUCUGUAACUGUUAAUUUAAUUUUUAAGCACGUAUUGUUAAUUAAUGUGCCAAAA